GCCGCUCGCUCCUGGCGGAGGCGCCGUGCGCUGCGCCGCGCCGGGCCGGGCCGGACGGAGCCGGCGGAGCUGGAACCGGUACCGCUGCCGGUACCGCGGCCGCGCCCGCCGCUGCUUGGGGAGGUGGCGCCCGCGCCGCGCCCCCGCGCCCCGCCCGCCCCCGGCGGCAGCAGCAGCAGCGGCGGCGGCAGCAGCAGCAGCCUCAGCACCUCCGCCAGCACCGCCGGCAGCACCAUGGACCUCUCCUUCAUGGCCGCGCAGCUUCCUGUUAUGGGAGGAGCCUUUAUGGACUCACCCAACGAGGACUUUAGUACAGAGUACUCCUUGUUUAACUCAUCAGCCAACGUCCAUGCAGCUUCUUCCAUGCAGAAUCCUCCAGAAGAGACGUCCCGUUCUUCAAAUGAUGCCAUAUUAUUAUGGAUUGCAAUAAUUGCAACGAUUGGAAAUAUCGUGGUUGUGGGAGUGGUGUAUGCCUUCACCUUCUAGGAUGACUGACACUCUGACCACGGGAGGUGAAGAUAACUGCAACAGUAUUUGUCGUGUGUAUGUAUGUGUGUGUGUAUAUAUACAUGUAUAUCUAUAUAAAUACAUAUAAGUAGGGACUUUGUUGAUUAAGUGCUGCCACAGUCAUGGAAAUGAAAUGCAAAAUAAUUACCUUGAAUCUUGAUGGUAGAAGGCUUGGUUGCAAUUGCAAAUUGUAUGGAGGUGAGAGCUUUAAUCAUGAACAGAGCCAGUCCAUGCUUUGUAUAGAAGUGUAAUGAAAGAGAGGCCAGUGUGGGAAUGGUAAAUACAAAAAAGAAGUGAGAUUUAUACAGAAAGUCCUUAUUUUCUACUGUUUAGAUUUUUCUAGCAGCUUUUCUGGUGUUGUCAGCUUUUUUGUGUGUUUUUUUACUGUGCUUUUGAUGGGAUAACGCUCUAUGAAAUUGCUCUAUAUUUUUUGCUGGACAUCUUAGUUUUCCAGAUGGAGUAAUGGUAGUCUUUGGCUCGGUUCUGAUAGAGUACAAGUUCAUCGUGUGUGAAUCUAGAGCACGUGCAUACACUCAACUGUGUUCAAAGUUGUGAGUCUUAAAGCUGUGGCAGGCAGGUACAUAUUGUCUGACACCUGCCUUUUAAUAUCAAUUACUAGAUAUGAAUUGAUGCUAAACGUGUCUGCUGUUUCCAGGAGGAGGCACAGCUAUUGCAAGGUAUGACUGUCUGCUGGCCAUCUGCACUCCAGAAGCUGGAGUGUUAAACAGAGCAGCUCCCAGUUCUGUCUAGGGGUAAUGGAUUGCAAUGAUAACAGUGGUCCCCAGGGGUGUCCCUUCCAGGAAAUAAAGGCCAAAUACCAUGCUUUUCACCUCCUUAUAUUGUAAUCUAGAUUUCUCACAGAAGCUAUAUACUUCCAUAAGCAUAUUGGUGAAUCAAAGGAAUGUGGGGAAAUUGUAAAGCUUAAUUAACUGCAAGUAAUGUCUAGGAGAAGAAUACAGUUGAAAGGAAGAUUAGACACUUUUACUGUCAUGAGGAAGUGAGUGCAAGGAUCAGGUAGGUGCUGAGGUAUAAACAUCAUUAAAGUAUGAUAAUUGACAGAUUUGCAAAUGCUUAAAUACUAAUAUGUCUCUCUGGGUUCUGAUGAGGCUCCUGGAAUUGAUUUUUAUAUAGCCUACUUUUGGUAACAACUCCAAUUAGUCAUUUGGAUUUGUACUAUCGAGGGACAGUGUUUUCAUUGUAUUAAUCCCAUAGAGCUCUUAAAAAGGAAACUGCUUAUUUUCAAAAUGGGCUCUAGCCUUUCUUACCUCAGAGACUAUAAAAUCUUUAUGGAAGAAAAAGAUCACCUCUGUUGGAAAUCUCCCUCUUCCCCUUUAAAAAAAACAAACAAAAGUAAAUAAAGUAUCUGAACUUUGAGAGGGUAGCAGAUAAACUCCUUCUCUGAGUCUGCAUGUACUGUAUAGGUCUCCUGUCUCAUGCAGCUACUAUCCUAAUUCCAGAACACCUGUCUUCAGGCACAGAGACUAUUUUUGACACUUGCCUGCUACUGAGCUUAAGGCUGGACUAAGAGCUGCCAAAUGUAUAGAGGUUUGGGUUUUCUUCUUUUUUUCCUCUUUAAGAAGCAGUUUUCCUGCAGGGCUGGUGGGUAGUUACUUGAAUUAAAGCAGCAUGCCCUAAAUCAGUAUUUAUUGUCACUAUGUAUAUUUACUGUGUAUGUUUUUUCCCCUUCUGUGAGCUGGCCUCUAAAGCUGUCCUGAUUCUUUGGUAGCAAUUUGCUGCCAAUCAGUUGAAGAGAUCCUUGAAACUGUGUGGGAGGCCACCCAGGGCCCCUUCUCUCCUCCACACCUGCUUUCCUCAGCAUAUAGUGUGACUGUCUUUUCAAAAAGGUCACCAUGACAUUCUGGAGUAGACAGGGUAAUUGUGAUUGUGCGCUCCUCCACUGGAUGGGGAUCAUGGAACAGGAUGCAAGCACAGCUAGCAGGAGGGAGAAAAUUAAGUUAUUCAGAGGAUAAGAAAACCAAUGACAGCUCACAGGAGGUACAGAGCCCCUAUGCAUUUGGUUAUUUCCUUGUUUCGAUGCAUUAUUUUGUGAAGGUGGCUGAGGUCAGAAGAGGUCUGCACUCUGCACUGGGGAAAAGUUUGAGAAGCACAGUUCUGGAAGAUGAGCAGCACAGAAAGCAAAUCUUGUCUGAUAAAAAUAGCUAAUCUCAAGAAUAAUAUAAAAAGAGUAAUUUUCACUACCCUAUUUGAUGUGCAAACAUGUAGGACCAUGCGAAUAUUAAUGCACUGUCUCCACAAUGUUCAGAUACUCCAUUGCCCUGGUAGUUGUAUCAAUUACUCAUGGACUUUUCUUCAGUGUUUCAAGAGGCUGUCUAUUUAUGGCAGAUCUUGUGAGCACUGUUUUUGCAUGGAGCAGAACAAAAUAUUUUCACCAUGAGUAAAACCAGUUUGACAAUAUGGUAAUUACCCAACGGGAUUAUUCUACUACUUAAUGAAUUUGCCAGUAGAGUGCUCUCUUUAAAUUACCCAGAAUAUUAAUCUAAGUGCAAUUAGCAAUGUUUGCAUUUCUCUCCCAAAGCACUGGACCAAAUUCUUCACCCAUGAAGAACAGUGUUUGAGAGGGAACAGCAAAGAACCUCCCUUCUGCUAAUGAAAAUGAGUGUGACACAUUCAUGUUGCUUUUCCUAAAGUAAGUGUCCUGCUUUCAUGUGAAAUUGAUAGUAAUUGCAGGACUGCUGGAAAACAACAAGUUCUGCCUCCCUCAUCCAGAUCAUCCUCAUACAUGUUUUCAUCAUUAGAGGUUGAGAUGUCAAGAAGGCCCAGACAGAACUUUAAUUAAAGUAAUUGGUCUGACAGGGUGACGUGGAAAACAGGGUGCAAGCAGCAAGCACAAGCAUUUGCUGUCUCACAGUUGAAGGCACUAACUAUGCAGUUUUUCCUGUUAAUAUUUUUAGGAUGCAAGUAUAUUAUUGCAUGCAAGAGUCUAUACAGUGUAUUGUCAGGUAUAUUAAAGAUGAGAUUCUACGUCCCUAAACUGCAGCAGACAAAGCUGGUUCAAACUGAUCUGCUUUGAGACUGGUAACAUGCUUAGCAAUGGGCUGUGCAGUUAUGAUAUGGCCUUCUUUCUGACACACUACGAACACUUCUGUCUUUUGGGAGGUAAGGGAAGGUUUAAAUUCAAUCACUGCAAAUGAGACCCAUCCAUCAUUAAGAAAGUUCAUAGAAGCAACAGCAGGGAGUGGAGAAGGAAAUGAAGGGCAGAAAUUUCACAGGCAUGGUCUUGGGAAAUGUGUUACCGCUUCUUUGUGCAGGUAUAUGUUAUGCCCUGAACUUUUCCUUGGAACCAGGCAGUUGGAAAGCUUCUGUCACUCACUCAGGGGUGAUGAGGCCCAAGAACAUUCCCCAAAGCUUUCCUCUGAAGCUGUUUUGCAAAUCAGAAGAGGCUUCUGUACUUUGUUAAGCAUUUUAUGCAUCAGCAUCAGAGCAGAAUUCCACUUGCACAUGCAUAUCUGUAAAUAAAAGCACCCAACACCGAUAACUCUUAUAUGAUACUGAGCUGAGUUUGUUCUGUAGUAGACAAAGCAAAUACUUUGUGUGCAGUAUUAGACCCCUAAUAUGUUGGAAACAUCAUCUAACAAACACAAGCAAUACUGCCUGUGCUCUGCAAAGUUACUAAUGAGUUGUGGGAAGCAGGGGGACAAACUGGAUGCCCUGAUGUGUCCUUCCUAGCCAUGGCCUCUAGGGAUCUAUGACAACAUAUUAAAAAAAUCAAACUGUCUCUUAAGAAUCUUUUUCCUCUAAGCAGCCAGCAGCUAGACUAUGCAGCUGUGUGGCCAUCACAGCAAAGAAGCUGAACAGUUAUGGAGGUAGCUACAAAGGCACAUUAGAUAGGAGAACCGAACAGGCAGACCCACAGAGCCAAUCCUGUUAUGCUUCAUCUCCAGGGCUAGGGGGUUUGCCCUUAUUACCACCAUUAAUAUGCUCUUAAAAUAAAAUGAGGAUGUAUUUCCAUGCCAACAUGUUUGCAAAACUGAACAAAAGAUUUUGAAACUGAUGAAACAACAGCAGCAGAGACUCAUCUGCUAUAAAUAAUAUGUUUAGCCAUUUAACUGGGAAAGUGAGCUGAUAGUUACCUCAGAAAUAAUGAGCCCUCCCUCUCCAAAAUCCUUGUUUGCAGUGGGACUUGAGGGCAUUCAGCAUCCCACCAAAUUGCUGAGCAGUCUGUUAUGACAAGUCCCAGAUCAAGAGAGGUUAGAGCCAGCUAGCUAUUAUAGUCUUAUCCCAUACAUCCAUUUCAGUUAAAAGGAAAAUUCUCCCUUGUGUCUGAGAGUAAGCCAAAUCAGGAAUCUUUAGUCUACAGGUUGUUAUGUAUUUUGUCAAUUAUUAAAAGCUUUCUUUUUACUAUUCUGGUUCUUAAUAACCAUUCACAUUUCUCUGCAGGCUGCUGAGAGUUAUUAAUUUCACAUAGCUCUGCGCUUUCAUAUCAUGUAAUUUUACUGGGUUUCCUGUGGCUAAUCACGGAGCAGAAUCUGGAAAAUUAUUCCUUUUAAGGAUGAUUUCUAUUAUUAAGAGAAACAGGCCAGAAAUCAAAAUCCCAGAUCAGAAUGCUUUUAUGCUUUUAAAGCUUUCAGAGCUCUGAAGAAGGGGAUUUCAUCUGGUUAAUUCUCAGAAAGAAGAAGGGCAGCCAGGUCUCUGAUGAUAAUGUCAGACAUCAGGGUUCUGACAAGCAGAGCUUAGCGUUUCAUUAACUCCUAUUCUGCCCUUGUGAGCCCUGCUGACUUUCUGGGCACACAGUCUGAGCUGAAUUUAAGCCAACUAUCAGGUACAGCAUGUCCUUCUUCAUCUUACAGCUUGCUAAUCCUCAGGAAAACAAGUGUUUAUUCCAUUAGCAGAAGAAGAGCCAGAGCUCAAUAUUCUAUUAGGUAUAUUUUUAUCGGUCAGUCAUCAUAAGAUAAAGAUAGGGACAGUUUAACAUGUGGUUGGCCCUUUGCGCCUGACCUGGGAACAUCCUAAACAGAUCAAAACAUCCUAAGUCCUUCAUCUUAAAAGCUCCCACCGCCCUUUGUCUGACACUGACUUUUCAUGUUUCCUUAUACAGUCCCUCUUUGCCUUACCUUUUUGCCUUUCCAACUCAAGAUGGAGAAAGUGAAGUCACCACUAAACUCUUCUGUGGAUACGUGAAGAACUCGUACCAGGCAGGGACCAACCAUCUGCUGUUUUCCUUUUCGGUGCUUCAGGCACAAAGUAGAAGGGAAGAGUCUAAAUGUCUGGCCAGAAAUCUCUGGGGGAAUACACAUCUUUGCAGAACAAAAUGCUUGGCAAUUUUAUCUCAUUCUGUCCUGUACCAGGGUGUUUACACCAAGACAACCUGGCCAGACCUGCACAGAUAGAAAAAUAAUUUUAGAUAAUUGUCUUCAUGUCAUCUGGCCAAAGUGAAGUCAAUACAAACUUUAUGGGCUUAUAUGACAGAUCAGCCAUCUAAACAGAACUGAAAACAGUCUUUGGGCUGUAUAGUACAACAGGCCAACCUGAAUUAAGUGACACUACUUUCUACUGGUUUAUUUGGUGAAAACAAAAAAAAAAAAAAAGAAAGAAAAAUCCCCCAAACCUCUGAAUACCUUGGCACCUUUUACUCUUUUUUUUUUUCCCCCCCUCCCUCUCUCGUGCUUCUUUCUAGAUCCUACUUUUUUCAGUAACCUGUUUUGGGAAAUACUGCAGCACAGACAGGAAAAGGAAGAAAACUGGUAAUACAAACCUGUGACACAUCUAAUUGUCUCACUGUAUUGCAAAUUCAUUCUCAAAAGCCAGGCUUUUCCAAGUGUCAUAGGUAGACCUGAGCUGCUGGUAUCAAGGCAAAUGCUGUUUUGUAUGAGCACAACUGGUGUUUUCUUUUUGGGAAGUCUUGGGAGCAUUAUAAAUGUUCUUUUUGCUGUGCAGGCUACUAGUGAAGAUUUUUUUUUUCAAGUGCAGAAAAGACUCAAAAAGCCUCCUAUUUUCGUGGAAUACAUUCAAGACUGACCUUCCAAAACUUUACUUAGUCUCUACUUUUCUCUCUGAGAAAGCAAAACACACCUGGGUUUCUUAUGCAUACAAUAUUAACAAAUCAAGUAUCAUUUGUAGUAGCAUCAUCUUAUUCUUCUCUAUAGCUUUGUGGCAGUAGAUCUCAAAGUGGUCUGUGUUAUUACCCACACUUAACAAAAGGGGGAAAACAGAGACAAGUCACUUUUCAGGCCUGUCUCAAAGGUCGAUACACAGUCCUUUAGACUGAGAAUGAUGAUUCCACUUUCCUCCCAAAGUACCUUGAUGUGAACUCACAUCCCUUUAAAACUCCUUGCCACCAAAAUGUGUCUCUAUUCCUCCAUUUUAUUUCUCCCCUGGUCUUCUCUGUAGUCUUUUAAUUCCGUGGCAUCAGAGCAUGCAAGUAUUUAGAAGCCAAAAAUGUUCUUCUGCCCUUCUUAAUCACCUCUGUUGACCUUCACAGUGAUACCAAAGAUCAGUAAAAUAAGGUCUCUUUGUGGAGAUAAUCAUUAGCUACCUUAGCAAACUGCAAAGUAUUUUACUCAAGCAGAUGAGUAAGUAAGGAGGGGCCAUUAAGCUUGGUAACUGUACUAUCAAUAGCCAUAAAACCAAAUGCUACCAUUCAGAAGUUCAGAUUUUAUAAACUGCACCAAUCAGGAGCCAACAUCUACCAAUCUCCCCCACCCCCACCUCUCUUGUUAUUCUUAGCAAAUCAGGAUCAGUGGUAAUAUAGUUGGGGCAGGAAAAGGGGAGUUAAGGUGGGUACCAAGAAGUACCACAUACAAGAGAAUGGAAAAGUUUAGUCACUCCAUGUGGUUUAUAAUAGGAUGAGGGCCAUAAAACCCUAGCCUAGUCAGUCAAGAAAAAUGACCACAAUUUAGAAAAAAAAGACUUUUUUCAGUGUGCUAAGCCAUAGGUAUUUCAAAUCCAGGCAUACCUGUUGUUCUCAGCUGCUACAGCCUGAUAGCGCUUGAUCAUUCCUAAAUCUCAUUUUGAACAAAAAGAGAUUUACUCUAAGGCCUUGGACAGAACUGAGAGGCACUAAAAAACCUCCCUCAGAAGUCUAUGCUUAUUCUGGUAUUGUUGCAGGAGCUUUCUGAGCUGCAGCCGUUAAGGCUAUGUUGCAUUUCCUGUGGAAUUUAGGCCCAUUAAUGAGGAAUAAGAUGAAAUUAUUACAGAUCUAGGUCUAAAAUUCUAUUGCGUUCUGACCUUCACAGAGAUGCUUAAAGUUCCCCAUCAUGCAAACUGCUCUGUCCAGAGGGACCUUUGCCUCCAGCUGGAGUGAACUGGAUUAAUAACAUCUCUAUAAUUCUAAGGUUCGCUUUGGUAGCUCAACUUGCAGGACUAGCUCUGGGUUGCUGGGUUUUUAUUUUAAAUACUUCUAAGGAUGUCUAUGCUUUUCUAAUCAAAAGGAAGAAAGAUACCAGCACACUGUAUUUUUUUAAAUAAGAAGGUAAUAAAAACAAGUCUGAAUAUUUUGAUAGAUAUGCUGGUAGGGUAUAUAACAUAGCAAAUUGUUGCACUAUUUUUUCUAUCGUCUGAGCACAUAACCUCAGAAAUCUUUGUUCUUUUUCUAAUGAAGGUCUCUUUCAGUUCUGAAGUUAUAAAGUUUGGAAGAAGUGGGCUGCAAAACCUCAAUGAAAUUUUUAAUUAAUGUAAAUAAAUCCAGUUGCUUGCUUUCUGAGGUAGCCUGUAAUAUUUAUUUUUCAGUUUUCAGUUAUCUCAUUGUCUCAGAUACUGCCUAAAAUAUUCUUUUUCCAAAAUGCAAACUAAAUAGUGACACUUCUGGAAGUGUCUGGACUUCACUAAUGAUUGCAAUCAUUUGGAAAUGACAUCUUCUUUCAGCUCAUGUAAAACACAGGCUUACAGGAGUCCUUUAAUAUAUGCUGUUAUUUUUAUUAAUUAUCUCCAACAAUUUAUUCUCUUGCUCUUUCUCUCUGCUAUUUCUUCUUGUACACUAACAGGUUUGCAGGGCUUCUCUGUAUUGUUUUUUUAGUAUAGGGGGUCGUUUAUUAAAAAAAAAUCCUUUACUGUUGUAAUGAUUGUUCUUGAAAUGUGGAUCUCUAUCUGUGAAAAGGAAAAUGACUUAAAUAAUACCCUCUGUUUUCUCUAAGUUCAUUGUAUUUAGCAAGUUUAGUUAGCAGAAGUGUAUUCUUUUAAGCUCCUGUUAUAUUCUUUUCAACUUACUCACUUUUCACUACAUAUGUACUUAAUACUGGUUCAUUCUUUUACUAUGGUGAAAAUGACAAGUUUUGUUAACAUCAGAUGGAAAUUGUGUUUUUGGAUAAAUUUCUUCAAAUUGA